AUUGGGCCAUUUUCCUUGCCGCGCCCUUACUGCUUAUCCGGGUGCGCCCGGCCCGCCCCACCCAGUUCUCUGCUCUAGCCGGGAGAGGAGGGGCAGCCGGCGCAGCGCCCCGGGACCCGGAGAGCCCGCCGCGGCGAAUCCGGACCUCCGCCGUUCCUGCGCCCUCUCAACCGUGCUGGGAUUCCCGGGCCCACCCGACCCAGCGGCUUGACCCGGGACCUCUUGUACCCUCCGCUGACUCCACUGCGCGCUUCCCGGGACCCCCGGACACACCCAGCCCUCCAGUGCAUCCCUCCCUAUUCCGCGCCGGGUGCCCCUGACCCUCUUCAAGCCCGGAUCUCCUCCCCCAAGUCCUCGGGGCGGCGCCGGCCAGACCCCCUUCGAGCCCCGCAGACGGCCGGAGCUGAGGCUCGCCAUGCGGCUGCAGGUGCUGCGGUUGCGGCUGAGACUUGGGCUCCUAGCGCUGCUGCUGCCGCUGCUGCUGCCGCCGGCCCGCGCCCCGAAGCCCUCCGCGCAGGACGUGAGCCUGGGCGUGGAGUGGCUGACGCGCUAUGGUUACCUGCCGCCACCCGACCCUGCUCAGGCCCAGCUGCAGAGCCCUGAGAAGCUGAGCGAUGCCAUCAAGGUCAUGCAGAGGUUCGCGGGGCUACCAGAGACCGGCCUAAUGGACCCCAGGACUGUGGCCACCAUGCAUAAGCCCCGCUGCUCCCUACCUGAUGUGCUGGGGGUGGCGGGGCUGGUCAGGCGUCGGCGCCGGUACGCCCUGAGCGGCAGCGUGUGGAAGAAGCGCACCCUGACGUGGAGGGUGCGUUCCUUCCCCCAGAGUUCCCAGCUGAGGCCGGAGACCGUACGGGUCCUCAUGAACUAUGCACUGAUGGCCUGGGGCAUGGAGACAGAUCUCAAAUUCCAUGAGGUGGAUUCCCCUCAGGGCCAGGAGCCUGACAUCCUCGUUGACUUUGCCAGCGCCUUCCACCAGGACAGCUACCCCUUCGACGGAGUGGGGGGCACCCUAGCCCAUGCCUUCUUCCCCGGGGAGCACCCCAUCUCUGGGGACACUCACUUUGAUGAUGAGGAGACCUGGACUUUUGGGUCAAAAGAUGGUGAGGGGACCGACCUGUUUGCAGUGGCUGUGCAUGAGUUCGGCCAUGCUCUGGGCCUGGGCCACUCCUCGGCCCCCAACUCCAUCAUGAGGCCCUUCUACCAGGGCCCAGUGGGUGACCCAGACAAGUACCGCCUGUCUCAGGAUGACCGUGAUGGCCUGCAGCAGCUCUAUGGGAAGGCACCCCAAACCCCACAUGACAAGCCCACAAGGAAACCCCUGGUUCCUCCCCAGCCCCCGGCCGUGCCCCCAGACAGCCCAUCCUCCCCGAUCCCUGAUCGAUGUGAGGGCAAUUUUGACGCCAUCGCCAACAUCCGAGGGGAAACUUUCUUCUUCAAAGGCCCCUGGUUCUGGCGUCUCCAGCCCUCGGGACAGCUGGUGUCCCCGCGACCCGCGCGGCUGCACCGCUUUUGGGAGGGUCUGCCCGCCCAGGUGAGAGUAGUGCAGGCCGCCUAUGCCCGGCACCGAGACGGCCGGAUCCUCCUCUUUAGCGGUCCCCAGUUCUGGGUGUUCCAGGACCGGCAGCUGGAGGGCGAGGCGCGGCCGCUAACUGAGCUGGGGCUGCCCUGGGGGGAGGAGGUGGACGCCGUGUUCUCGUGGCCGCAGAAUGGGAAGACCUACCUGGUCCGUGGCCGGCAGUACUGGCGCUACGACGAGGCGGCGGCGCGCCCGGACCCCGGCUACCCUCGUGACCUAAGCCUCUGGGAGGGUGCGCCCCCUUCCCCCGACGAUGUCACCGUCAGCAACACAGGUGACACCUAUUUCGUCAAGGGCGCCCACUACUGGCGCUUCCCCAAGGGCAGCAUCAAGUCCGAGCCGAAUGCCCCCCAGCCCAUGGGGCCCGAGUGGCUGGGCUGCCCCGCCCCCAGCGCUGGACCCCGCGCCCCCAGGCCCCCCAAAGCGACCCCGGAGUCCAGAGGCUGCGAUUGUCAGUGCGAGCUCAACCAGGCCUCAGGACGGCGGCCCGCGCCCCUCCCGCUGCUCCUCCUGCCCCUGCUGGUGGGAGGUGUCGCCUCCCGCUGAUGGGCCCAUCCCGACAGAACAGCGCCCUCCACGGCCGAGUCAGCCGCCGCUGGACCGGGUCGGGAUUGCGAGGCGCUGCGGAGGCCUCUUGUCUGUUCCCAGGGACUGGGGCUUGCGCGCGGACUAAGCGAGGCGGAUCUCCCGCGUUGCGGCGCCGGCGGGGACUGGUCGCUCCUAGCGCUGGUCGCCCUUGGCGCUGGGCUCAGCCUCCGAGGGGUCCGGCGCUCUCGGCGCCACCUCCGGAGCCCGCGCCAGGGGGCGCCCGCGCGCAGAGACCAAGCGUCGGUCACCGCCCCCGUCCUUCCUCCCCGAAGCCGCCAGGGGGCGGUCGGACCCUCCCCAGCCCGGAAGGGGCGGCGAGGAGGGCGGGCCCGCGGCGGCACCCGAAGGCAGCAGCUGUUCCCCACCGCGCGCUGCCUUCGCAGGACCGUCCUUUUCCGUGAAGAGCCAGCUUUUCUCCGAGCGCCGGGACUCUCCGCAGCCCCGCCCCGCCUGACCACUGUGCCUGGCGUUCCUGGAUCGUUAGGGCACCGGCCUGACUGCGAAGCUGGUCUCUCUCCCACCAGCUCCUCUCCCACCCGCAGUUUCUCACCCCGUUUUGCUCCCAUGACGCCCCCCUAUAGUCACUGCCACAUUGGUGGGGACCCGGGACUCAGAUCCAGACCCAGCCCAGAGACCACCCAUGAGGAUCUAUGCUCCAUAUCUGGGGUGGUGGCAUCAGUGGCUGGAGGGACCCCAUUAACCUGGUUUCCAUCCUCCCCAGGCCACUCAGCCUGGGCACCUUCCUGGUCCCAGAACUGCCUCCCAUUUAAUUGGGCACCCUUCUAUCCCCAAGAAGCCCUUCCCUGCUUGCACCCUGAAGAACACGGCAUGGAUCCCAUCAACUCAACGCUGGUGGAAAGACGAGGACGAACCCUGGCUCAGGCACAGUCAAUGCCUCCUCAGCACUCCUGGGUGGCCCUAGUUCUAGAGUGAGGGGUGGGUGGAACCUGGGGCCACCUUGUUCACCCUGUCCUCACUCCCCACAGAUUGUGGAUCUAAAUGAUUGCUUCUAGAACUAUUCUUCUAGAUUAUUCCACAUCAGAAUUACUGGGAAAUUUAAAUUUGCAGAUCCCACACCUUACCCUGAAUCCUCACUUAGGGUGGGGUCAGGAAAUGCAUUUUCACUAGUUGGGGGCAUUGUGGGGGCCAGCCGCUGGCUGUCUCGUGGCAUUUCUGUGGCUCUGUGGUGUUCCCCCACCCCAGGACCAAUCUCUUCAUAUCUUCUCUGCAGAGCCACACUGACGGCCUGACCUCCAUGGGUAGAGUCACUUAGGGGCCACUUCCUAGGUUGCCAUCUAGCCUCAGUGGCCCCACAGUGCUUCCUGGAGCCAAGGCUGUGGGCAGCCACCGGGAAGGGUUGCCCCUUCCCUUGAGGAUGGCAGGCAGGAGGCUUUGGUCAGUUACCUGGGAAUUCUAGGCUGCUAGGAAACGAUUUUGGGCCUCUGUCAGUUUCUUUUCCAUGUAUGAGGAGGCAGAAACUUGUAUUUUAGAAGCUUAUUCAUCCCACUCAGGACAAUAAAAAUGAAUAGACA